AUGCCCCAAAAUCACUCCUUGCAAGAAGACAUCAACGCGGCGUGGGCGUCGUUUUCGCUGCGAUGGAAAGCCCAAAAGUGGCGUAGGGGGUGUUUUUCCCUGAGUACGGUCGCCCGCACUGAGCCUCAGGAUCAAAAAAACGACCAACCCAGUGCUCCCAUCCCUCAAUCGAGCGGCUCACAAAAUGAGACUCCGACAAGAAAAAACCUUAGCUCUGGGGAACGAGGUUCACUUCGCCAAGGCAGCGCCCCGGAAAUCACUCCUAGAAUGGUUGACUUGGAUUUAUGGAAUCGUUACUGGAAAGUGUACUCGGAUCAAUAUGGAGGCUUGCUGGACGGGCUAGCGAUGCUUCUUGACAAGACGGCCACGGCCCCCAUCUCCUGGUGCGCUGUUUUUCUCGCGCUGAAACAGACCUCUCCUUGCGGUAUGCCCCAUUCCGAAGGGAAUGAGGACGAGGUACUGGAAUACAUCCAAACUCAUCUCGAGAAAUGGACAUGUGAUGCAGCGCAUCAAUUUGGUGCGAUAGAAUCGGUGGAGUACCAUCGGCGUAUUGUCAAAGUACAGUUUACUGGGCCUGAAGCAGCGGCUGCUUUUCAACUAUGGGCAUCAGGGCUUUCAUUAGAGACAUUCUUGCGAGCCAGACCCAGCAGGGAAUCACUACCACCUAAAUAUUUAACCCCUUCAUCAAAGACCCUUCUGUCGGAGCUUCACUUGCAGACCUGCUUGGCUCCCCGUAACCCUGUGAAAACCAACACUUUACUAAAACUUGGUUGUGGGAUGCUUUUGCCUACUGCACAUGUUGAAGCGCUCUUUAGUGGUCUUUUUGAUGCCACCAGUAUCGUAUACAGACCUCAAGAUGGCUGUUUUGUGGUUUCAUUUGAGGAUGAUCGAAGUGCUAGGCUUGCUCUUCACGCGUUACAGUUCUCCCUACUAGAAGUGUUCAACAUGUCCCUGGAGUAUGAUGAGAAGGGUGUAAGUAUAUCUUAAAAAGGGGAUAAUACAACGCUAAAGGGUUGUUAAAUACAUGACAGAAAUCUUUUAGUAUGGCUUCUUGUUCCUAUGCUCUAGUAAGUGCGUAGAGUAACAACUUCAAGGCUACAAAGACACAUUAUAUCAUCAUAGACGAACAUUUGAAGCACAAGACGCUGUGAUUAGGGUAGUAUUCCUACUUCAAGAUAAGAAUGGAUCGAGGCCUUUUAACUAUUGUAUACAUGGCCUGACUUUUUCCCUCGAAUGAGGAGCAUCAUUAA